UAGCUCUCGCCUAAUGCUGCUCUCCGAGCUUAAGCUUAAGCUCAAGCUUAACCCAUCCUCCUCUCCUCUCCUCCCACUCGCUCUCUCUCCCGCAGCGUCAGCCGCUUUGCCGCACUAGCAGCAGUAGCUACUACUACCAAGCAAGCGUAGACGACAGCAGCAGCAGCAGCAGCCUGCGCCGCGAUCCCACCCACCCGGACGAGGAGGAGGAGGAUUUUUUCCCCCUCUCUCCCCUUCGCUUUCCUGGAGCUUGAAGGAUAGGGAUCGAGGAGGAAGAAGACGAAUCAAGAAGCAAGCAAGUACUGUGUUGCAGCAAGAAGAGGAUAGCAAUGGCAAAAGAGAACUUAGAGAGAGAGAGAGACAGAGACAGAGGAGAUAGUAUGAGCAAAAGCAGUUCUCAACUCUGAACAUUGAUAGCUUCAUCUUCAUAGCUUGAUAGAAUUAUAUCCGAGCUUGCAGGCAUGUACAAGAACCAGCUUCAGGAGCUUGCUCAGAGGAGCUGCUUCAAUCUGCCAUCCUAUGCGUGCAUCCGCGAGGGUCCAGAUCACGCGCCACGGUUUAAGGCCACGGUUAAUUUCAAUGGAGAAACGUUCGAAAGCCCCGCCUUCUGUUCUACUCUGCGGCUGGCAGAGCAUGCGGCGGCAGAGGUUGCGCUCAAUGAGCUGUCGAAGAGAGGGCCAUCAUCGUCACUUGCUGCAAAAGUUCUGGAUGAAACUGGGAUCUACAAGAACUUGCUUCAAGAAACAGCUCAUCGAGCAGGUUUAAAACUGCCAGUGUACACUACAAUUCGAUCUGGGCCAGGUCAUACACCUGUGUUCACAUGCACAGUGGAGUUGGCAGGGAUGACCUUUACUGGCAAUCCCGGCAAGACCAAGAAACAAGCACAGAAAAAUGCUGCUAUGGCAGCCUGGUCUGAAUUGAAGCAAUUGCCCCGAGUAGGUGAGCCAUCAUCCUCAUCUUGUCCACCAGAUCAUGACGAUGAUGAUCAGGAACAGAUUAUAGUGGCUCGUACUCUUGCAAGCUUGAAUCAGACAAAUGGAGGAAAGACACCACAGCAAAAGGAAAAACAGCAAAGCAGUAACCGCCCGUCAUCUCGGAGACCCUCUUAUCCGAAAUCAAAUGCAUCAUUUUAUGGCCGGUUGCAUUUACAAAAGCAUGCAUACCCAAGUGUUCCACCAGAGCAAGCAAUGUACCAUAUGUGGCAUCAGGUGCAAGCAACACAGCAGAAGCCGCAUUUUCCAAUGGUACCCACUAUGGGCAGUACAGGCUUUCCACCGCCUCCAACUGUGCUCCACAUGUACCCUCCACCUAGAGGGCAAUUCACCAUGCCAUCCAGCCAAGAUGGUUUAGGUCUUAUUCCAUGUUAUCCUGAAGCUUCCCCCGUCCUUCCACGGUACUUCUCGCCUUAUCCUGCCUCCUUUGUACCAAGACGUCCAUUGCCAGUUAAUGUUCACAAAAUUCAUGAGAAAAGGUUAGUGGGUGCUGAUAUGGUUGAGCUUCCUGAUGCUGCGGUCUUCUCCCGAUACACUGCUCCAGAUUUCUCUGGUACAUCAGAAAAUGCUGUUCAAGAUAACAAGAAAGAAGAAUAUACCGAGAGCAGUCCUGCCUCCGAGCAAGAAAGCAAAUCUCAUACUGCCUCAAGCUCCGCCACGCGUUCACCAUCACAACAGCUAGAAUCAAAUCAAGAUAUAGAAAUCAUGGGCGGUUUGCGGUUGGAAUCAAAGAAGCCCGCAGAACAGCCACCGGAGUCAUCACCAUCCAGGGUCAAUCCUGUUCUUCUGUGUGAAACUGGCCAACGGCACCAUUACAGUUCUGUUCGCCAUGGUGAUCCUGUCCACAGAAAUAGUCCUCAAAUAAGUGUGGCUACAUCACCUAGUCCUAUUCGUCGUGGUGAUCCUGCCCACAUAAACAUUCCUCAAAUAAGUGUGGCCACACCACCUGAGUGCCGGUCUCCCCGUGCACAAGCUCCACCAAGAUUUGGAACAAGAAUGCCGGUAAAUUUGCCGAGUUCGUUAUACCAGCAACGGCCUCCUUGGUUAGCUGCCUCAGUUACAAUCAGAACAACUAUCCCUGUAUGCUCAGCGAGGCCAAAUGUGGUGAACUCUAGUGCUGGAGCAGCUCAACCUGCUGUUCAGAUCCUCUCGGCCUCGCCUAGAAAAGAAGAACCUGAAGCUCGCACGAACACCAGUGACACAAGCAAUGCUGCAACGGCGAGUUCUGAGCUCAAUAAGCUCCAUAUUUGAAAGUCACAGUUUUGGUUCAUCUGAGCUUUAGUCAGGGCUGAGAACUUAACUCUCAGCUGCAUCUCAGUUUUGAUUGUUUCUUUUCCUUUCAUUUUUUUUAUCUCCUUGGGUAUUUAGCUAGAUAGACAUAACUAUAUGAAGAGUUGGAGAGCGGGCAUCUCUCGCGAUAUCUGAACCUGUUGGAUUUUUUAUGUACCACAUCUUAUCAAGAAGAGUGAAUGGGAACAGUAUAUAUACCGAAUGCAAUUUUUGUUUGUGAGA